AUGCUCCCACGGCACUCAAUUCCACUCAAAGAAGGCCGCCCGUCAUAUCCAAGGCCGAAAGCCAAAACACGAAAAAGCAUGCUUUUGCGUACCACUCGCGUCAUUAUUGCGGUAGUAGCGGCGUGGGUGAUAUUGUCAUUUUUGUUCCUUAGGUCGCCAUCAGACACAAAGAGUCAAUCGACUUCCAACUUGGUCACGAACAAAGUUUGGCAAAUUUGGCCCACGGAUAUCCGGAUUGUGGAGUCAUCGGAACACGAUUCAACGCAAGAGACCCCUGAUGAAAAAUCCAUUCUGGAAAAUCCAGGGCAGGAAAAUGUAGAAGACCAAGCGCAAUCAAUUUCAAAUAUCAUCGAAGAUACCAACAACACGAAUACAACCGAUCUAGAGCCUGAUCUCUCAAAGGAUCUGGAACCCGAUCUCUUUGAGGCGGCUCUUGACUAUCUUCUAUCGACAGUUCCCAACGAACUAUACGUCCAGGAGUUCCUACAGCCAGUAGUCAGCACAGGCGAGGCAAAGCUGCACGAGCUUGGCCUGCGCACCCGCGUAUAUAAACAGUUCUUCCAGGCUUGGGAGAAUGUACACCUCGUCACCACCGACGAUAAUCACACUUACGUGCGGGACGAUAUUGUCCCAUACAUUCGCGACAAGUUCAGCAAGCCAACCUUCCCUGGCGCACUGCACAAGUACGAAUCUUAUCGCGGAUUCCUCGCCAAACUCUCUGCGCUGUUGUUUCCGUGGACGAGCCCAUACUUUGCAGAUCAUAUGAGUAUGCGCGCCUCUCUGCGACAUGGAGGCCGCGGCAUCGUGACAACGGCAGGCAAUGGCCAGGCGCCUUUUCUACUGGCUGCUAUUCCUUCUUUUCGCCUCCUGGGUUGCGAUCUUCCCAUCGAGGUCAUGUAUCUCGGCAAAAACGAUCUGAGUGAGGACUUCCGGACCAAGCUUGAGGCCCUACCAGGCGUCACAACGCGUGACCUCUCCGCACUGGUUAACGAUGAAGGCUGGCAGCUCAACGGAUGGGCCGGUAAGCCCUUUGCUAUUCUCUUCUCGUCUUUCCGUGAAGCCCUGUUCAUCGACGCCGACUCACUGUUCUUCGUUAACCCCGAGGUACUAUUCGAUGACCCGGAGUACGUGCGCACGGGCGCCCUUUUCUUCAGAGAUCGAAAUAUUUCGCCAGAGAGUAAGCAGGGAUGGCUGCAGAAGAUCUUGCCAAUGCCAAUUUCACCAGCCGUGCAACAGAGCAGAAUGUGGACCGGGGAGAGCGGGCAUGAACAAGAGUCGGGAGUUAUAGUUGUGGAUAAGUGGAUGCACUUUGUCGCAUUGUUGCUCGUAUGCAGAAUGAAUGGACCAGAUAGGAAUGGUAACGGUGCGGAUAUUGUAGGGACUUAUGAUAUGGUAUACGGUGAUAAGGAAACCUUUUGGCUUGGAUGGGAGCUUUCUGGUGAUACUUCCUAUGCCUUUCACUCGGGCCUAUGUGCAGUCAUGGGCAUUCCUACACCGACCUUCGUCGGUGGAAUUGCAGUGGCCCCACCGAAACCAACAGAAGGACGCACAAUGGCACCUGGCCAUGAGUCCGACCUCACGAUAUGUGCUCCCCAACUUCUUCAUUUGGACCGCGAGAAGCGCCCUUUGUGGUUCAAUGGCUGGCUCUUUGAGAAUAAGUUUGCAGCGGGUAAACGACGUAUCGGAAGAUUUGACAUGUUUAUGGAGGAACAGACUGGCUCAUUAGGUCCACCAACGUGGCAACUAGAGGAGCACAAUCUCUGUUGCUUGUCAAGUCCCGCAGCAAGGGACUUUACAAAGCAGGAGACCGAAUGGCUCGGAGAGUUGGUUGAGAUGGCAAAUACAGUUAAUAACUAG